AAGGAGAUCAAGGACUCCAAAGCCAAAGAGCGUCAGAUCACGGAGGAGGAUUUGCAGGGUAAGACAGAAGAGGAGAUAGAGAUGAUGAAGAUGAUGGGCUUCGCCUCGUUUGACACGACGAAGGGGAAGAAGGUGGACGGUGCUGCCAACGCGUACGCCAUCAACGUGUCCCAGAAGAGGAAGUACAGGCAGUACAUGAACAGAAAAGGAGGAUUCAACAGGCCCUUGGAUUUCAUCGCCUGA